AGCCAUUUUGGCAAGACUUCGACACGAGGUUGACAACCUACGAUCAGACGUCUGACGCGACUCGAAGAUCCCGAGAAAUGGAGAACAUCCGCUUGCUGGUUGUAUUGCGUUUGUGCAUUAUGGUUGCUAGUAUCCUUGCUCUCUGUCUGAUGACUAUCAAGCUCUACCUAGUAGCAGCUUCAAGUGACGCGGAUUAUUGUCGUCUUGGUCUAAACGGUCGAGACAAUGCUCACGAUCCUGCUCCUUGUCGAUUUGGACUGGCCGCAUGCUUGGCUUCGAUCUUGAUGGCUAUCAUAUUUGUGGGAGUCGAUGUCAUGCGCAGUACAUUCACUAGCAGCCCAAGUCAUCACGACCCAUUGUUGAGUGAUUGUGUGUGCGCAAUAGUAAUCUCGUUGUUGCUACUAUCUUCGUCUGUGUAUUCGGCCGUGGGAUUGGGUAGAACUGUCAAAACAAUAAAUGACUUCGGACAAGACGUAACCGGAAGUUUCAUGGCAUCGGCCAUCUUCUUUAUUAUAUUUAUGUCUCUGGCAAUGCUGCUCUGGGUUGGUGUUGCUUUUGUGCGCUGGAGACAGAGAAGGGCGCACUCCAUUUCAGAACACGCCUAACUAAUCAACCCAUCGUCUAGUAAAAGUUGAAGCCAAGGAAGCCAGCGGAUUACAAGAUAACUUUGAAACGCAAAUAGCUUAGUGAUCUAUAGUGCGUGUGCGUUGUUUGUGUUUAGUGCAUGUUUGGCAAGCUUUAUACUCGAUAGAAUCUAAGCAAAACAGCCAACUAAACUAA